AUGAUCAAGUUGAGUGGAUGUCAGUGUCCAGGGGCUUUCAUUGAAACCCAAGGUCCGGCUCCUUCAACACUGCGGGUAGAGCCAGCCGGAAAGCAAGAAUAUCAGAUGGACAACCAGGUGCAUGUUGACGCCGGAACAAAGUGCAACAAGGAAUCCCCAGCGGGAAGCUCAGCCCACGUUGUCAUUGUUGGUGGGGCUCAUUCAGAAUCGUCAAACGCAUCAAGGAGUCCGAGCGGGACUCCUUCGCCAGCGGGGUUCAGCUCGCUGACGGUCGGCUAG